CAGAAAAAAAAUGUCAAAUUCUGCAUCAUCUCUCUUCACUACGCCUUCCCAAUUUUUAGUACAAUGUAAUAAUCCAUCAAUUAUUUCUGGAAAAUUGAGCUUCAAAAUUCGAGCUUCAGCAGCUUCUUCUUCUCCUUCAUCAACUGGUGUUGAUUUGUCCAACCUCCAAACCGCCAUUUCUAAGAAAGAUAGUAAUGCCGUAAAAGAGGCGCUUGAUCAGCUAGUUGAAAUCGGUUGGUCCAAAAAGUGGGGUUCUCAACCAUAUGUGUCACGUCGAACGACAUCUCUUAGAGAGCUGACAACUCUCGGAAUAAAGAACGCAGAGAACCUUGCAAUCCCAAGUGUCAGAAAUGAUGCUGCUUUUCUGUUUACGGUGGUAGGCACAACAGGGUUUUUGGGAGUUCUUGCUGGCCAACUUCCUGGUGAUUGGGGUUUCUUCGUUCCAUACUUGAUCGGAAGCAUAUCUUUAGUAGUUUUGGGAAUCGGAAGUACUUCCCCAGCGCUCCUUCAGGCCGCCAUUGAUGGAUUUUCAUCCUUUUUUCCUGAUUACCAGGAGAGAAUCGCCAGACAUGAAGCAGCUCAUUUCUUAGUUUCCUACCUAAUCGGUGUUCCGAUCCUUGGAUAUUCACUGGAUAUUGGGAAAGAGCAUGUCAAUUUAAUUGAUGAAAGGUUGGAAAAGCUUAUAUACAGUGGGCAGCUUGACUCAAAAGAACUCGACAGGUUGGCAGUGGUAGCGAUGGCCGGGCUAGCAGCAGAAGGGCUAAAGUAUGAUAAAGUUGUUGGUCAAUCAGCUGACCUUUUCACUCUUCAGAGAUUUCUAAACAGGAGCAAGCCGUCGCUUAGCAAAGAUCAGCAACAGAACCUUACAAGAUGGGCGGUUUUAUUUGCUGCUUCUCUACUGAAAAACAAUAGCAAGCUUCAUGAAGCCCUAAUAGCGGCAAUGACAAACAAGGCAUCGGUCGUAGAAUGCAUAGAAGCAAUUGAGAAAGCAGCUUGAUCUUACUCCAGAAAUGUGACUAAACACUUGUACAUGAAAAACAUGUGUUUUUUUCUCAUAAAUUUGAAAAUAUAUCGAGGAACAGAAAGAAGUAUAUAUAUAAACAUGCUUAAUAGAGAAUGUAUUCUAUUUUUUUGACAUUGAUGUUGAACAUCUGAAAUGUCACCAGAAAUGUGAAAUAUUACAUGUACGAGUUCUAGAGUUUUCGAGUUUCC